UAUUGCGUGCAAUAAUUACGUUGUAUUUGUGGAGAUUAAUUUUCAAAACCAAUAUAUGUCAUUCAUACUUUCGCAAGAUGAUAAGCGAACUUUGCCUUUAUUAUUUAAUUCCUAAGCGUUCCUUGAAAUAAUGCGAGCGGCAAUAUUUAUGUUUUGUGCGCUGAGAGAUACUGACGCGCGCGCUCCGUUCGAGAGCGAUCGUUUUUCGACGUACCUGACUAUGUGGAGCUUAUAAAUUGAAGUGGACAGUGUUGUUAUAUUUAAUUAAAAAAAUGACUAACUUAAGCGGCACGCAAAUAGUAAACGUUAUAAGUGAUGUUACAAAUGAAAAAUUGAAACCGUCUACUAUUAAUGUUGCGGUCAAGUGGUGGACGUUGCAAUGGAAGGCGGUCCUGUCAGAAUUCGUCUCCACUCUCCUGCUGAUAUUCCUCGGAUGUAUGACAUGCAUUCCGCUCAAGGGAUUUGAGGUACAACCUCCCAUGUAUUCGCCGAUUGGAUUCGGAUUGGUCGUUCUAUUCAACAUAACCGCUUUUGGCCACAUAUCUGGGGCACAUAUGAACCCGUCAGUCACUUUAACAGCAGUGAUUUGGGGUAAAAUGUCUGUAGCUCUCGGAAUAGGAUACGUAAUAGCUCAGUGUCUCGGCGCAAUCGUAGGAUAUGGUCUAUUAAUUGUAGUUUCUCCAAUCGAUUUAGUGCCAGGAGCGAUAUGCACGACGCAACCUCAUAUAGGACAAGAGCCGUACCAAGCACUCAUUGUUGAAAUAAUGUUAUCAGCAGCGUUAGGCUUUAUUAACUGUGCAGUCUGGGAUCCAUUAAAUGAGGACAAAAGUGAAGCCAAUUCGUUGAAGUUUGGUUUUACGAUUGCAGCAUUUUCUAUGGCGGGUGGACCUCUGACUGGAGCGAGCAUGAACCCAGCGAGGACGCUGGGGCCAUCCCUUUGGACGAACAACUGGAACACACACUGGAUAUACUGGGUGGGCCCCUUGGUGGGAGGUGCCUUUGCCGGAUUAUUUUAUAAGAUAAUUUGGUUAAAGAAUUAAAAGUCUGGUGAUACGUGAUAAGUGGGAUAUAAGUUGUAGAUCUUAUCAAAAUAAAAAAUAAUUUGGAACGAUUAAUUAGCUCAAACAUGAUGGAAUAUGUAUCGCGCUGAUAUCUUUGUGUGAAUGUGAGUUAAAUCAAUAAAUGGAAGACAUUAGAAAUACAUAUUAAAGGAUUGUAUUAGGUAAUAACUGUGAUAAUAAUUUUGUAUUUUAAGUAGUUCAAAAUGCGGAAGUUUGCAUUCAACUAUUCCCCAAGUGA